AUGGGGAGAGGUGAAGACUGGGUAUUGGAAGGGGAAAUCGAGAGAUGCCAACCAGGAAUGGUCGGCAGGGCGAUGGUGAUCGUUGUCAAGCAACAAGUACCGCUCUACGGGAUGAUAAUGAUUCGAGAUCAGAGGGUGUUUUGUGGUGAGCAAGAUUUUGGAGUGGCGGCGGUUUGUGGAGAGGUGCAAGGAACGGAAUUCGGGGCUGGCUAUGAUGGACCGCCGUUGUUGGGGGUGUCAAUUGUCAUCCUUUUGGAUUUGAACUUGACAAGUUCGGUCGAGGAGGACGAGACUCUGUUGGUGAUUGCUAGAAUAGACAGUCCCAAAGGCUCGUUGUUGAGAGAGGGACAAGGGCUCCAAUACACAUCACAACAUCCCGCGUCCUCCAUCUUCACCCAAAUUGUCCAACCGAUAGGCGUGGACUGCACCACAUGCAAUAAGUCCUCCACUACAGCAACCUCGGGUAAGCCCACCUCAGCAAAAACCUCCUCCGCCACAUCGAACGUGUAA